CAAAGACUAUCUUUGCUUCUGUGAUAGGCCCGAAGUUUUUGGUUAGGUUUCUUAUUUUGUCGAUAUUGUCUUUAAAAUUUGGGAAAAAUAUUGCUUUUUCGUCCAAAUUUAGUGUUACGUUAGGAGAAAAGUGAUGUUAAAGAAACACUCUUUAAAAAUGGCAUAUUUUAAGGGGAAACGGUGAAAACUGUAUAGCAUGCAAUUAAAUUAAACGUGACUAUAAGAAGAAAAUCUCGUUUUUAGCGUAUGUAUGCGUGCGCUGUGUAUGCUGCGGAACAGCUAAAGCCGCUGCCGAGGUGACAACAGUAAUAAACGUAAUUGAUUAAAGUGAUCCUCCUCUUCUGUGACGCUCUCCCUCCAUCACUUUGUUAGCAACGAACAACGACGUGUGUAAUGAAAGAGUCGUCCCGGUGCUAGAAAUAAAGUAUACAAUACAAAAAAUAAAAAAUAGUACACGCUAAUAAAGAAAACUUGGCCUGAGAAGAGAAUCGUUGAAGGGAAAUUUAGCGUUUUCUGUGAUUUUCCUGCGAUACACGACAAACGGAAGAAAAAUGUAUCCUUCCCCGUUGCAUUACUCCACUAUGCGGCCACAAGCACCUGGUGCUGGCCAACAACAAUAUGACCACAAUGCUGAGGAGUUGGGCAAAGCAGAAUGGUAUUGGGGCGAGAUUACGCGUGAAGAGGUGAAAAAUAUUUUAUCUGGUGAGCCGGAUGGCAGUUUUCUUGUGCGUGAUGCCUUGAACAAAAACGGCGAAUAUACUCUAACGCUGAUCAAAGAUGGAACCGAAAAGUUAAUAAAAAUUUGCCAUUUAAAUGGAAAAUACGGUUUCACCGACUGCAAAUUUAAUUCAGUGGUUGAAUUGAUCAACUACUAUCGAAUAAAUUCAUUAAAGCUUUACAAUAAAAUGCUAGACAUUACGUUGAGCAAACCAAUCGUGAAACCGGCAGAGGAAGAUGACCAUAAUGAUUUGCGUAUUCUUGCCGAUAAGUUUCUUAGUCUGCAUAAUAUGCUGAAUAAACAGCAGUACCUACUAGAUCAAAAAAUGAAAGUAUUUAAAAACGUCGAAGCUGAGCUAAACGAAAAGAAACCAGAUCAAGAAGUUUUUCUGAAAGCGGAAAAAUUGUUUAAAAAUCAAAUAAAAUUAUUAGAAUCGUACAUAUGUACUGCAGCGCAGCCGCAGGCCGGCACAACUGGUACAAUAACGAACGCGAAUGGCGGCGGAAAUGGUUCUUUUGUGGCCCGUCAACAAGAACAGGAAAAGUUACAGGCAAAUGCAGCGAUAUUAAAAAAGAAACUUCAUUCAUUGUGUACAGAAAUGGGAAAACUGAACCGCUAUGUGGAAGAUAAGAAGGAGGACUACAAAAGGUUGGAACGACAAAUUAACGCAGCGAAACCAGAAUUGCAAGAAUUAAGUAUGGAAAAGGACAGGAUAACAGAACGUCUCAUGGAGGCUGGUAUUAAGGAGGAGGAUAUCAUUCUGCUCGCUGAAAUGGGUUUCGAGGCCUGGCAAAAGAGAUACGAAAGUCGGACGAAUUUACCGCAUAAUAAUGAUUCUCUAUGGUUUCUUCGCGAUUGUUCGCGCCAAGAGGCGGAGGAAUUAUUAAAGGGUGCCCCUACUGGCACAUUCCUUAUUCGUGCUCGAUCUGCUGGUCAUUACGCACUUUCUAUCGUUUGUAAGAAUGUUGUGAACCAUUGCAUCAUCUACGAAACGGAAAGUGGCUUUGGCUUUGCAGCUCCUUAUAAUAUUUACGUUUCUUUGAAAAAAUUGGUGGAGCAUUAUGCCAGCAAUUCCCUCGAAGAGCACAACGACACUCUGACCACAACGCUACGCAUACCGGUAAAGUAUUGGCAUGCCAACAAAGAUUCGCUUCUGAAGCAGUUGGAAGAAGAACAGGAAUUGGAACAGCUUCAGAUUGAAGAGCAGCAGCAGGCGGAGCAGCAACACUUACAAAUGCAGCAACAGUCAACUUCUGCGAUUUCAAUACCUAGUAGUGAGACACUGGAAGCGCAAACCCCACCCUCUUCGUUAAAUUCUUGGCCUGCUGGCAGCCUAGAAGGGAGUGCCAGUGGCAACCAAAAUCAGUCGCAGCCAUAGUCGAAACAUCAGUAAAGCCUGCCAGUGUUGAAUAUGCUAUUAUGGAACUUCCAUUCAAAACCACAGGCCCGCAAAGAAUACAAAAAUCCUAAAGAGGGAGAAAAUAAGUUAUAUUUUUUAAGUCCAGCUUUUGUGAUGUGAUGAUGUUGGAAUUUUUUUUUUUGAAUGCAUGUUUCCAAUGCAGCAACAUGACAAUGAGAGCGACGAUUGUUGGUAUAAGUAAAGUGUAGAAAGUUAUAUUAAUUUGCUUUUUGUCAUUAAUUGAAAAAAAAAAUGAAAAAAAACUCUCGCAAUAUCAGUGCAACGAUAGCGGUCGAAAACAUUUUCUCAUGACAAUGAGUCAUUUUAUUUUAAAGUUGCCGCACUUUUGUCAUGAAGUCUGCGUUUUGUGAUUAUCGAAAUAAUUAUAGAAGUUAUUGUGAUGGAUAUAAUUGUGAAAAAAUAUCAAUAUUAAAAGGAAAAUGGCAGUUGUUUCGUAUUUUUAGUAUUUAUAAUCAGAUGAAGAUACUAAAAGUAGGGUCGAAUUGUUCUAUAUAAAAAUGGGAUCCAAAUGUGGUGAAGCAAAGUGCAUUUCUCUCGUGAUACGUUAAGUUGUUAAAUGUGAAGUAUACAAAGACCGAAAAUCAGCAUACGGUUUAAAUUUGUGUGGUAAAAUUUCAAUUUGAAUUUUUUUUAGCCAUUAUUUUAAUUUGAAGUUAAUCGUGUUUAGCUUUAAAUGUUUAAAAUGGAAAGCCACUGUUAAAUCUGUCGGAAUAUAUGUAUGUGCAUGUAUGUUUGUAUAUGCAAACAUUUAAAAUUGUUUCGGAAACACAUAAAUCACCGGCAGUUUAAUGCAGCCAUUUGAGUAUACACAAAUGCUUGCAAUAGUAGGUAAUCGCCUCACCGAAGUCAAUUCACUAUUAAAGGUUGACUUAAUUUUGGUAGAGUUUGAAAGCGAAGAUGAUGUUGAAGAUAAAUUUUUCGUUCGUAGUGAAAAUAUUGUAUCGUAUUUUCCAAACGACAUUUUGUAAUUUUGUUAAUGCUAAGGUUCCGUCACACCUUUUUCUCGUAAGGCCGAUGGUUUUCCAGUAAUGCAAUAUUAAGUUACCACAAGCCAAACAUACAUACAUACAUACAUCUUGAAUUUACAAGUAAUUAUAUUUAACCGAAAAACUACAUAUACUGAUGCAAAUAUAUAUACCAUUUAUGUAUAUUACAUGAACUGUAACUAAUGUUUUGUAUUUGUGGAUACUUUGAAUCGCUAAAUUUUGCAGUUAUCGAGUUGGAAACUGAAUUGUUAAUUAUUUAAAUUUGGUAUUUUUAAAGAUGAACAUUAAAUGUUACUAUAAUGUCGUUGACAUUUGCUCUUAUUACUGAAUGUUUUUUAUCUUUCCUGUAUUAGUGGCUAUAUUUGCUACACGAAUUAAUCCUAUACGGUAUGCCAUAAACGCCAAUCGAUUUGGUGUUAAUAAUGUCAGAAAUCCCGCCAAAGAAGAUAAUGGAAAAAUGCAUUGGGUUAAAAGUAGGAUACAAAAUCGAAAUUGUUUUACGUUUGUUUCAAAUAUGAUAAGGUUAAUUUAAAAAAAAUUUCACAAUCAAAGUAAAAAUGAAUUUCCUCGUAAAUAAAGUUAUUCCCAGCGAUUAAUUCGGCAACCGAAUAAAAAUGUGUAGAGUUAUUCCAUAAUUGUUAUGUUAAGGAAACCGUCAAUCUCCCUAUCUAUAGGAUUUCGAAAAACUUCCUUAGAUAUUUUACUGAUAAUAAUUUUACUGUUGUAGAUCUUCGUGUAUUUUUUAUUCGCUGUAAUUAACUUUUGUUUAAUAUUUUGUACAUUUAUGCAUUAAGUUUCUAGUUUAAUGAAAUUUUUAUAUACAAUUAUAUUUCCCUUCCCUUCUUUUGUCUAUCGCCGAAUAAACUAUGGAAUUUUUAAUUGUUUUCUAUAUAUCCAUACUAAAUUAUUUGAAAGUAGCAGCAAAAGAAUUGCGUAACAAACAGGGUAUGAAAGUAGUGGGGAAAAUAAAAACAAAUUUAUUUCUAGCUGUGUAUAUAAAUAACGAAUAAGUGUGCUAACUGUGCAUAUAUUGACUAUAUAAUAUACCUAUAAAUGUUUUAUAUUUUGUAUUAAAAAUUGGCAUGAAUUGAAAAACUUUGGACUUUGUACCUACGUAUGUCUUAGUUAAUAAAAAUAAACAAGUACUAAAAAUCU